CGGAUGUUACGGUAUACCCAAAUGCGAGUCAUGUCCAACAGCCUCGUAUUCCAUAUCCAGGCCCUCCUCCAGGAAACAGAAAUGGUUGGUCGCAUGCGCGAAUCGUUUGUGAAGUAGACAACUGUCAAUUCACUAAAGUAUGGAAUGACAAGUGCCAACUAUGGAUGAAUCAAAUUUACAUACGAUAUGUGCUUGGAAUUAAAUUACACAAAAAAAGAAAUACAAAGAACGAUCUCGGGCAAUAUCAUAGAUCUAUGACGGCUAGAUUGUGGCAACAGAGAGCAGGGUACCAGGAGAACAAACUCCUACUACCUGUAAUGCACCCAACCUACGUGCCGGAGCAAAUUGAAGAUAAGCAUUCUCAAUAUCAAGUCAUUAUCCCAAUUGCACAAGUUUUUUGGGAUCCAGUACUUCCACUUUCACUUGCAGUUGAGUACGUACCAACUGUUCCUAAUCCUCUUGCAACUGAAACUGUGCCUGCUAAUUUUACUAUUGAUCUGUAUCAAGUUCAACAACUAGUUUUAAGAGGACAAGAUAAUGCAUAA